CCGGGCCUUGCUUCCCCCAGCCCCUGCACCCGGCCCGAGUGAGAGGUUCCGGAGCCGGGGCCGGCGGGUCCCGGGUGUUGACACUCCGCAGUGCCCCGGGAGCUUCAGCUGCCCUCGGGUGUGCAGGUCCACAGAUAAGAAUCCUGAGAAACUCAGAUGGCAUCCGGGGAUUUCUGCUCACCUGGAGAAGGGAUGGAAAUACUCCAGCAAGUGUGCAGCAAACAGCUUCCUCCUUGUAACCUGAGUGAAGAGGACCUAUUACAGAACCUGCACUUCAGCAAACUGCUGCUGACUCUCUCACAGCACGUAGACGAGAGUGGCUUAAGCCUCACCCUGGCAAAGGAGCAGGUUCAGGCAUGGAAGGAAGUUCGACUGCAUAAGACAACAUGGUUGAGGUCUGAGAUUUUACAGAGAGUCAUUCAAGAGCUGCUUGUCGACUACUAUGUGAAGACACAAGACACAAAUUUAACUUCUGAGGACAAAAAGUUUCAUGAGACCCUUGAACAGCAGCUACUUGUGACUGAACUGACACAGCUCUUAGGUCCUAGCCAGGAGAGGGAGAUGCCUCCACUGCUCGGGCUGGAGAAAGCGGACCUUCUGGAGCUCAUGCCACCCUCAGAGGAUUUUGUGCGGAUGAGAGCUCGGCUUCCGCUAGAGGUAGAGGAGCAGCUCAAGAAGAAAUGUUUCACUCUGCUCUGCUACCAUGAUCCCAGUUCAGAUUCGGACAGUGAAACCCUGAAGGCAGCAAAGGUGUGGAAACUGGCCGAGGUCCUGGUGGGUGAGAAGCAGCAGUGCCAGGACCUGAAGAGCCACCAGAAGGAGCAGACGGUGCUGCUGGAGAAGAAGAGCGCCACCUACUCCCAGGUGCUUCUCCGCUGCCUUGCCUUGCUGCAGAGGCUUCUUCAGGAGCACCGGCUGAAGACUCAGUCUGAGCUAGACCGCAUCAAUGCCCAGUACCUGGAGAUCAAGUGCACUGCCAUGAUCCUUAAGCUGAGGAUGGAGGAGCUGAAGAUUUUGUCUGACACUUACACUGCUGAGAAAGUGGAAGUUCAUCGUCUCAUUAGGGACCGUUUGGAGGGGGCCAUUCGCCUACAAGAGCAGGACAUGGAGAAGUCCCGACAGGUCCUGAACACCUACGAGGUCCUCGGGGAGGAAUUUGACAGGCUGGUGAAAGAGUACACCCAACUCAAGCAGGCAACUGAGAACAAGCGCUGGGCCCUCCAGGAGUUCAACAAGGCCUACCGCUGAGCGGUGGUGGGCCAGGAGGCGCGGCGUCUGCACAGGCGCUGCCUCCUUCUCUUCCUGCUAACAGGACCACCUCCAGCUGAGGCCACCGUCACUCAAGGGAGUGUGGGCACACUUGCUUGAAACACUGCAGUCCUUUAGGCUCCCUCCUGGUUUCUCUCCCUUGUUUACAAUGACUGAGUCUCUUCUGGAGAAUGGAGCAGGUUUAUAUACUUUUAUGUACAGCUAUUUGUCAGUGUCAGCCCUGUAUUGUAGUUGAUUAUCUCCUGAAUAAAGUGAUGAUAUUGUGA